AUGGCUACCGUGUCGCAGUUGGCAACACCUCCGGUUUCGCCUCCCUAUGUGUGGGAAGAUGUUCUGCCGACGGAAACAGGGACCUUACACGCCGAAAAGCCAUUUCUGAAUGAGGACAACCUCCACGCGCCAGGCCGACUGCCGCUGGCAUCCCAAAACGGGAACUUGACUAUGCGUGCGGUAACCGACCCGGAAACGCCACCGCAAAUGUACAGCGACGGAGAACCAAGUUCUGAAGUGAACGAGAAGACCCUCGAUAUCAUCGCGCAACACGAUCGCCAGGACGUGAAACCACGAAGUCUCCGGCAACAUGCGAAUAUAUCACAAAACUCGUUGGAACACCAUGGUGCCACUAACGGGGAACGGGUUGAGGAUACAAAGAAGAGGGGCCCAAACGGCAUGCAUCCGGACUCAGACAGCGAUGAAAACUCAAAGUGGAUUCACAGAGACAAGCUGGCCAAGAUAGAGAGCGAGGAGCUGCAGGCGGCGGGAAUCAUCCUCCCCCGCCAAAGAGACAGAGAGAGAUCAAAAAGUCAAAACCGGCCCAGGCGGGAUCAGAGCCAGGAUAAGAUUACCGGGUCAGGCAGGUCGAUUGCAGGCUCCGAGAACGCCGUCCCAAGAUCUAGGAAGAACUCAGCGGCGACAACCACCGACAUGAGGACUCUCGAUGCAGCAUCUAUUCCCAGUUGGGACUUGAGGCGACCAGAAGAGAUACAAGAAGAAGGCGAUGGACACUGGGUGGUUAACGCCAACGGGAAAGGCUCCCGAAUACCUGUGGCGAAGGACAGCCCUGUCCCUAUACCAACCGAGCAUCUGGCGCGGGACGCGCGUCUGCCGAGGAGACGGGACGGCAGCCCAGGCCUAGAGGACACAAUAACGUAUCCCAAACCGCGCGCAAGGAGUGGCAGCACAGGCAACGCACUUGCGAAGGUUCCAAGCACGCCGCCAACGACACAAGCGAACAAGCGGCCUGAUUCAUCGCCGAAGAAGCCUGCAACGGCAACGGUGUCGAAAAAGCCGAAGCCGGCUAAUGGGACGGCAGGACGACCAAAGACACGCGGCGCGGCGAGCAAGGAUUCGACGAGCAGUGGGACAGCAACGACGCGGCCAUCGACGAGAUCUGGUGAGCGGGAGUUUUCGAGCAGCCACUGCAAACCCAUGGAAGGCGAACCUCCAUGGAUGGUCUCAGCUUACCGCCCUGACCCAAGGCUCCCUCCUGACCAACAACUCCUGCCGACAGUGGCUAAGCGACUACAGCAGGAGAAGUGGGAGCGCGAGGGCAAGUUUGGGAGCGUUUACGACAAGGAGUUUAGGCCACUCACAGACGAGGGCUUUCUCAAACCUCCCGAGAACGGCACCCAGGAGAAGGAGGUCGACAAGGAGGCCGAAAAAGAAGGUCAGAAAGAGAACGAGGGCGAUUGGCCACUAAAAGCCGAGGCCAAAAGCCCAACCCUCCCUGCGAGGACGAAUUCGUACUCGACCAUGCCCAAGAUUGCCGACACGCCGGCCGUCAACACUCUUCCGAGUCCCAGAACACCGGGGCAUCAACCUCAGCUCUCGCAGACCGUCCGGGUGCCGGAGCCGCCCGAGGAAACAACACAGAAGAAGGGAGGCUGCGGUUGCUGCAUCGUGAUGUGA